CCUAAGCAGGAGGAGGAGGAGGAACAUGUGUAGAGAUGCCCUGUGGAAAGAGAAGACAUGCAAUCCAUCACUUUCUGGAUAUCGCUCUGGAAAAGUGUGAUAUAUGUUACAGUAUACCAGUGAAAGAUUUCUGUAAGGAAAGUGUCUUCUUCAAUGAACAUUUGGUCUACUAUCAGUCAAGGGAUUGUUGGAUGGAGGUACUGCAUUACUAUGCCAUUUAAACUUUUGAAGCCUUUACUGCUCUUCAUCUAUACUCUGAUCACAUGGGUUCUAGAACAGCCACGUGAGACUGUUGUGUUGAGCAGGUGGGCUCCUCUCUUUGUUCAGAGUUGGCUUCAUCAAGGAACUUCAGCACCAUGGACAGGAGACUCAAUAUCACCCCAGAAGCCUUCAACCAAUUGUUGAAAGAACACAACAUGAGUAGACUAGAGUUCAUUGCAGCUUAUGGUCUAAAGCCUUUGGUUUAUAUCCCAGAGCUACCCCUAAAUGCCAAGGUCAUAUUCUUGGUGCUAUACAUUAUCAUCUUCAUCCUAGCCUUGUUUGGCAACAGCCUUGUGGUUUACAUUAUUAUCAGGAAGAAGGCGAUGAGGACAGCCACCAAUAUCUUUAUAUGUUCUCUGGCUUGUAGUGACUUACUGGUAACUUUCUUCUGUAUACCUUUCACUCUUCUGCAGAACAUUUCAUCCGAGUGGUUGGGAGGGCCAUUUGUCUGUAAGAUGGUUCCUUUUAUUCAGACAACAGCAGUGGUGGCCAGUACAUUAACUAUGACAUGCAUUGCAGUGGAGAGAUACCAGGGAAUUGUCCACCCACUGAAAAUGAAGAGGCAGUACACAAAUAGGAGAGCCUACAAGAUGCUGGGGUUUGUGUGGACUAUUGCUAUUGUUGUUGGCUCCCCAAUGCUGCAUGUGCAGACAUUAGAGGUGAAAUAUGACUUGCUCUACAACUUGUACCACGUGUGUUGCCUUGAGUCCUGGAGCGAUGCCAGUCUGCGCAGGGCCUAUGCCAUAUUCAUUCUUGUGGCCCUGUUCCUAGUACCCCUUGCUGCCAUGCUGCUCCUCUACACCCGUAUCGGGUAUGAGCUGUGGAUUAAAAAACGCAUUGGGGAUUGCUCAGUGUUGAAUACUUUGAGUCGUAAUGAGAUGGCAAAGAUCACCAGGAAAAAAAAGCGAGCUGUAAUGAUGAUGGUCAUUGUCGUUCUGUUCUUCACGGCCUGCUGGGCCCCGUUCCAUGUGGUCCACAUCCUGUUUGAAUACAAUGACCUGGAAGAGGAGUAUGAUGAUGUCACAGUGAAAAUGAUUGUGGCCAUUGUUCAAGCCGUUGGAUUUUUUAACUCCUUCAACAACCCUGUGGUUUAUACAUUCAUGAAUGAAAACUUCAAGAAGAGUUUAGUGGCCAUUUUGUUCUGUCACUUCCGAACACAGGAACCAGCUGACAAGAGGGACAGUCAGCAGCUUGAGAAGCCAAAAGUUGGAGCAUCAGUAUUUCCUCAUAGGAGAGAUGGACGCAGCGCCCACAGCCACCUCAGUGCGGAGAACCUGGAGCUCCGGCUCUAUGAGCAGUUUCCAGCUGCCAAACUGGAGUCUGUCACUUACCCUCUAGUGAACCCUCCCACGGACCUUCUACCGAAUGGACAGUCAGCAUAAGGACUGUGGAAUCUAAGCAGGGCUUUUAAUUCUAUAAUAAAUUUUGAAUGAAAUAUAAUUUUGUGGAAAAAAAGUCAGGAUAUAUUAGUGUCACCUCAGGAGUUUUACUUGGAAGUUGAGGAAUAAGGCUGCUAUUUAGGAAAGCUCUGUCCUAAACCACUGCUAUAACUCAUUCAGAAUGUACUCUUUGGUCAACAGAAGCUGAAGCAUUAAAUGAAGAUCUGUUUAUAUACCAUGCUGUACAUAGGAAGCACUGACUGUCCAUUAUCAGCCUGGCCUGAUUAGCUUCCCCUUCAAUCUUUACGUGGAUGUUUCAUCAAGUUUCAGCUAUGGUCUCUCUACCAGGCGUUUUGUAAGCAGGAAGGACUCAGACAUGCUAACUAUUGAAAGUUUAGUUGACAAGACCACUAUACUGUACGCUUGUUGUGAUACUGUUUUGGCUAUCACUAUUUCCCUAGAUUUCAACCCUUUGCCUACAUAUAGUUUAGUAAAUACAUUUGAUUGAAAAUACCUCAAACUAAACAGUGGACCAAAACCCAGUUUUGGUUAAAUUCAGGGGGGACUCUUUCUUACAUUUAUGGUUUAUUUAUUUACCUCUUUACUACACCAAAAUGUUCUUAUUAACCAUGAGACAAUGAUCUGCAAACCAAAGUCACUUUAAAAUAGAAUUCUCUAGAUAACCACUUCUUGAUGUUAAUGACGCCAUCACUACAUGGAUACCUUGGAACCUGUUUACAGCAAAGUUUGUUAAGAUGCUGAUUGAGAGGCAAUCUUACAUAAUAUACAUAAUGCCUUUCUGGGGAAUGCUGAUCUUUUUAAUUGUAUUUCUUUUUCCAUUAAUUAUCCUCUUUCUAUUCUCUAAACAAAAACAAAAGUACUGUGUCUAACAGCUUUUUUUAUUAUUUCAUAUUGCAAAGAAAACUAAGGCCCCCUUUUAUCAAGCCUUGGUGAGUGAUAAAUAGCACGUUGAUAAAGCACCAACCAAUCAGCUCCUAACUUCCACGUUGCAGGCUGUGUUUGAAAAAUGACAGUUAGGAGCUGGUUGGCUGGUUCUUUAUCACCGUGCUAUGUAUCACUCUCCAAGGCUUGAUAAAUCUGGGCCUAAAUGUGGUUCCUGGCAUUCCCCACAAGGCAUUAUAUACAUUGAUAAAUGAACAUAUCAGCAAAUUCUUCAAUAAACUAAGACCACAGAGAAAGAAGCAACCGCAGUUGCACCUGAUUUAGAAUCAGGCCCAUCAUUUGCAGCUCCCCGCAGUAACCAUCAGACAGCUGAGCAUGCUUCCAGGAGUUUUCUAGUCCAGAACAAGCUCUCAGGGUAAAGAGAAUGAGAAGAGAUUAUAUAAAAUAUAUUAUUGUGGAUAUCUAAUGCACAUGGGAUGGUUAUCCAACAUUUCUUAGAAUGUCAGUUUUGUUUUAUUUUACUUUUCCUCUUUCCUUUGAUAAAUAUUAACCCUAACAUAGAUUUAUCUAGUAUGAAAAAAAGUUUUUGAAAGCUCCAUAGUGAGACAUUUGACCUAGCUACUGCUUUGUACUUUGUGCCAUACAUUGUUUUUUUUUUUUUAAAAGAAGACCAUUACCACAAUCUGAUGUAUUGCUUGUUUAUUCCAUCUAUGUAUCAAAUGUUUUCAUUCUGGAGAUACUGUUUCUGCUAGAUUGUUAAUUCUACAAUUCUAGGUCAUACACAGAAUGGAUGAUCUGCAGUGCAACAACAGCGUCUGACCCAUCAUGCCCCUAACUGGCACAAGCAUGGCUAGAUGUCCCUGCAGGUGCCUGGGCUUGCAUAGCAGGAUGGCAUUAUUUGCAGAAUUGAAGCAGAUGUACUGUACAGGCAGAGAUGAGUUGUGAAAAGUUAUAUGGACCAAUGCAUUCCCUAUAUCAAUGCAUCUACUCCUAAUAAAUUGUGGAGUAUCUGGACCAAUGCAUUCCCUUUAGUUAAACAGUGUUGAUACAAGAUUAGCCUAGGAGGCAUUUCUUGUCAUACAGUACAGUGGAGAGCUCUGGGUUUCCAAUACCAAAUAUGACCUCAGUUUCGCACUAGCUCGGAUCUGGCCAACUUUGGGCCUCAUGCUGUACUUUUAAUAGGAGCUGUUUUCUGGCUCUGAGUUUCACUACGACAGAGAUGCCCCUAUGUACCGUAUUGUUAAAUAUUUCCUCUCUCUCAUAAUUAAUGCAAAUCUCACCACUCAGCACAUCUAGAAUUUGUUCAGUUGCGGCGAGGUGUCUCCCAGUAAGAGACAGGUAGACGUGCAGCUUGAGCUGUGCUGGUUACGUUACUAUCCAGGUGCACAAUCAAGAUGUCUUGCUGCUCUCAUUGGUUGCACUAUACAAAAUGACCUCCACUGAGUUUUCCAAUGGGAAAAACACACAUAGUGAGAAAUACAAAUAAGCUCUAGCUCUCAAGGGCCCUUACACUCAAGAGUUCCUACACAAUAGGACGAGAAAUAUAAAUAUUGCUACAAGACCUCAAGUAUCUUCAUACCUGAAAUUUCUGCAGUGUUUACACUUGGAUUGGGUAGUUGUUAGAUAAUGAUGAAAGAGAAGAAAGCUAAGUUGUUCUAACUAAGCUAAGUUGUUCAAUUUAUGACUAGCAAAGGGUGAUUAAAAAAAACAACUCACCGCCAG